CAUCACACUGGUUUCUCAGCUGCAGCAAAUUUUUGCAUUCACUUUCAACUUGAGCUUCUCAAAGGAAUUCAAAGCACUGGGCCUGUUGUCUCCUACUGGAUGACAAUAUGCGGCAAUAUUUACCCAUAAAGAACUUUCCAUGGCCCUGGUCUAGGAGGGAUGAUGGGCAGAAUGAGUCCAGCCCCCUCAUACCAAAGUCAGGUGCUGCAAAAGUGGAGGAUGAGGAGCUCGGCCAUGUUGACAGGGAAAUUCCACCAGGGACUCGCAGCGAUGAGGAUCCUUGCAUUCCCACAAGAAUCCGCCCUCAUUACAGUUAUUCUUUGAUGGAUUAUUUCCUAAAAUACUUACUGUUCCUGUGUAACCUAGUAUUUACAGUUUUGGGCCUGGUGGUUAUUGGUUUGGGGAUCUGGGGGCUUGUCAGCAAAGAAUCACUCGCCCUAGAGAAGAUUGGAAGUAUCGGCACGGAUCCAAUGCUGAUACUUUUGACUCUAGGCUUGCUGCUCACUUUUCUCUGUCUGACUGGCUGUGUUGGUGCCUUAAGAGAGAACUGCUGCUUGCUGAAGCUGUUCUCUUGGAUCGUGCUGGUGCUCAUCACAAUCCAGGUGCUGUUUGUGAUCGUGGCUUACAGCAUGCAGGACCAAAUCGAAGGGUACCUGCGGUCGGGGAUAUUAGCUGCCAUGACACGCUAUCAAGAUGAUCUGGACCUUCAAUUCAUCACAGAUGAAAUCCAGUUGAGUCUGCAGUGCUGUGGGGCGGAUACAUUCCGGGAUUGGGAGAUUAACAUGUAUUACAACUGCUCAGCUCCAGGAGUGCUGGCUUGUGGUGUCCCUGCAACGUGUUGCUUGGACCCGUUUGAGAACGGCACGGUGUGGAACUCACAGUGUGGCGUUGGAGUCCAGCUCAUGGACGAGUUCACUGCUCAAAGCGUGAUCUUCUUAGGGGGCUGCCUCGGUGGAAUCUCUCGUUGGAUUGAGCAGCAUGAGGGCCUGAUCGGGACCAUCGGAGUGGUUGUUGUUGGAGUUCAGAUUCUUACUGUGCUGAUCACCAGAAGACUGACGGAAAGCAUCCGCUGGCAUAAAGUUAAUGUAUAAUAUAAAUACAUUAUGUAGCUAAAAAGAGGCAUGGCUGUUUGGUUUGUUUUUAUGUUUUUUGAUUUGGACUUGAUCACUAAUAAAUUA